AUGGGUGAGCCUCUGGCCCUGCAUUCGGGAGGGGAUGUUGUGAUUGGAGGACUUUUCCCUCUGCAUUAUGUGGCUCCUAAGCCACAGCACAGUUACCACAGCAAACCCCAACUCACACCAUGCAACGGUUUUGACCACAGAGCCUUCCGCUGGAUGAUGACAAUGGUGUUUGCAGUGGAGGAAAUUAAUCAUAAUUCAAGCCUGUUACCAGGUGUUAAACUAGGCUACCGGAUCAUGGACAGCUGUGACCAUGUCCACACCAGCCUGCAAGCUCUUCUGUCUCUAGUCAAUAGGAGUACACAAUCUCAAACCUUACCCUCAUGUCUGGCUGAUUCUCCUGUGCCCGCUGUGAUUGGCCUUGCAUCCUCUUCCCCUACAAGAGCUGUGGCUCACACUCUUGGCCCUUUCAGCCUCCCGCUGGUGAGUUAUUUUGCCACUUGUGCCUGCCUUACUGACAAGCAUAUGUACCAGUCAUUCUUGCGGACUGUGCCGAGUGAUCUCUUUCAAGUUAGAGGUCUUGUUCAGCUGGUCACCUCCUUAGGCUGGCUCUGGGUGGGCACAAUAGGGACCACGGAUGACUACAGUCACUAUGGCAUCCAAGCGUUUUCCAAUCAGUUUAGACAACAAGGUGGAUGUCUGGCAUUUCAUCUGACUAUCCCAAAAUCACCCACAGCGGCUGAGAUACAAGAAAUGGCAGACAGGCUGCAGAUUUCAACCGCACAGGUGGUGGUGGUCUUUGCCAACGAGGGACAGCUGCUGGAUCUGCUCUUAGAGCUGGCUCAGAGAAAUGUGACAGGGAUCCAGUGGGUUGCUAGUGAAUCCUGGGUUACCGCUAUCCUUCUGACCUCACCCAAAUUUCACCCUCUCCUAGAGGGCACACUGGGCUUCUCCUUCCCUGGGGUCGGGAUCCCCGGCUUAAAAGAGUUCCUGUUGAAUGUCCGCCCCUCUCCCAAACCUGGGAUGGCAUUUGUCAACAUGUUUUGGGAAGAGCUUUUUGGCUGCAGGCUAGAGUUUAGAGGAGAAGCAGAUGCCGUGGAUAAACUUAUGGGAUUGGAUGCUUUUGGUUACUCUCAAAACAAUUCUGGGUCCUUGCCUGUAUGCACUGGUUCAGAGGAUCUGAGGUACACAGACAGCAGUUUUACAGAUGUAUCUCAGGUCAGAAUAUCAUAUAAUGUGUAUAAAGCUGUAUACGCCAUCGCCCACGCUCUGCACACUUUAUUGAACUGUGAUUCUGCAGUACAUAACAAGGGAAUGUGUGACAAUAAUAAAUCAUUUUCUUCUAGAGAGUUGCUGCAUCAUCUGAAAACAGUGAAUUUCACCAACCAGUUUGAAGAGAAGGUAUAUUUUGACUCCAACGGAGAGCCGGUCCCUCUCUAUGACAUCAUUAACUGGCAGAAGGACAGCAGUGGUGAAAUUAGAUUUAUCAAAGUGGGAAGCUAUGAUGGUUCGGCUCCAUUGAGAGAACAGUUGCAGAUAAAGCAGAGCACCAUUGUGUGGACAAAAGGACAGUCACAGGUGCCUGUGUCUCAGUGCAGCGUUCCAUGCCCCCCUGGCAGCAGGCAGGCCAGACGUCCAGGAGAGCCCCACUGCUGCUUUGACUGUUUGCCCUGUGCAGAUGGAAAGAUCAGCAAUCAGACUAGUUCCACUGAGUGCACAAAAUGUGCUGAAUACUACUGGCCAGACAAAGACCAGGUGAAAUGCGUGGCCGGAGUGGAAGAAUUUCUGUCUUUCCACGACACCAUGGGCAUCAUCCUGGUCGCACUCACACUGUUGGGUGUCGUCCUGACAACCAUCGUCACUGUCGUCUUUCAAAGUUUCCGUUCCACGCCCAUCGUCAAGGCCAACAACUCUGAAAUAAGUUUCUUGCUUCUCCUUUCACUCAAGCUCUGCUUCUUGUGCUCCCUGGUGUUCAUCGGCCAGCCGUCUGUGUGGACAUGUCGGCUUCGCCAGGCAGCAUUUGGGAUCAGCUUUGUCCUCUGUCUGUCCUGCCUCCUCGUUAAGACCAUUGUGGUUCUCUUGGCAUUCCGGGCUAAUGUACCUGGUUCGAGGGCUCUGAAGCGGUUUGGUCCCCCUCAGCAGAGGACUCUAAUCCUCUGUACUACAGCUCCUCAGCUUUGUCUCUGUGCUGGUUGGCUGUUGGGCGCACCUCCAUUCCCAUUCAAGAACACAAACUACCAAGCCUCAACUGGAAAAAUUGUCGUGGAGUGUAAGGAGCCAUGGCCUCUUGGAUUUUAUCUGGUCCUGGGCUACAUCGGUCUACUGGCCUUCAUCUGUCUCCUCCUGGCGUUCCUCGGACGCAAGCUACCCGAUACCUUCAACGAGGCAAAGCUCAUCACCUUCAGCAUGCUGAUCUUCUGUGCCGUGUGGAUCUCUUUCAUUCCUGCUUAUGUCAGCUCUCCUGGGAAGUUCACUGUGGCUGUGGAAGUAUUUGCUAUAUUAGCCUCCAGUUUUGGACUGUUACUAUGUAUUUUUCUGCCCAAAUGUUACAUAAUUUUAUUGCAGCCUCAGAGAAACAUUAAGAAAGGCAUGACUGGAAAAUAUCUCACAUGA